AUGGACGCCCACCUGGAAUCAUACAUGAACAUAGCUGCCCGUGCACAGCACAUCGUACUUGAUUCCAUACCUCAGCAAUGGCGUCUCUCCGCCGAGGCAAAAGCUCGAGCCCAAAGAAAUCCAAAACAUGGUGUUUUUGAGUGCAGCAUCCUCUCCAGGCGACAGAUCAGAAUCACAGAGUUGAGCGCAUCAGAACUGCUGCAAAAGAUCUACAACGGCCGACUGAGCUCCUACGAGGUGACCGUGGCAUUUUGCGCUCGUGCUGCCAUCGCACAUCAGCUCGUGAAUUGCCUCGUAGACUUCUUCCCUGAGGAAGCACUAGCACAAGCGAAAGCACUGGACGAUGACUUUGCACGAAUGAAGCGACUUGUCGGCGAGUUGCAUGGAUUACCACUAGCAGUCAAGGAUGACCACUUCGUAAAGGGCAAGGUCGUGACCAUGGGCUACACAGCUUGGGUCAGCAAUCCUCCAUGCCUAGAUGACUCCUCGCAGGUCAAGAUUAUGAAAGAUGCAGGCGUUAUUAUCUUUGCCCGAACGUGCAUGCCUCAGACAGGAAUGGCACUCGAGACGGUGAGCAACCUCUGGGGCCCGACGCUGAAUUCGCAUGAUAUUAAUUUCGGAGCUGGAAGAUCUUCGGGAGGCGAUGGCACACUGGUUGCACUACGCGGCACUCCAGCCGCACCUCUCGCGACAGACAUCGGCGGCAGUAUCAGAGCGCCUGCUGGCUUCAAUGGUUGCUAUGGAAUGCGACCGACUGCCGUGCGUGUUCCACUGGCCGGGACAGCAACUACAGUUUCCGGAGACACUUCGAUCAAAUGCUCAGCAGGUCCUAUAGCAACGAGUCUUGAAGAUUUACAGCUCUUCUCGAGAUUGCUCCUCACGCACCCUACCAUCCCUGACGACCCGAGCGCCAUCAUUGGAUAUUGGAAUGACCGACCACAAGUGCCUUCGAAACUACGAAUCGGCGUCUGGAGCACGGAUGGCGUUGUAGAUCCUCACCCACCAGUCCAACGAGCGUUAGGAGAAGCAACAGCCAAGCUCACAGCAGCAGGGCACGAAAUCGUGGACUUCAAAUUCCCCUUCGAUCUCUGGCAAGCGGCCCAAACAGCUUGGGCACUCUACCUUCAAACCGGAGCCCGAGAGCACAAAGCCAUCCUCCAAUCCGCCGACGAACCAGCUAUCGCCCAGUUUUCAAGCUACCUGAACACCUUCCACACCAGAGAACUUUCCGUCCCCGAGCUCUUCGCUCACAACACCGCAGUCGCAACAUACAAAUCCCUUUUCCACAACGCUUGGGAAGCUAGCGGUAUCGACUGCAUCAUGUGUCCUUCCGCCUCUAUGGCAGGUGUCCCUCAUAACUUCUCCGUUUGGUGGGAAUACACGGCGAUUUGGAAUCUUCUUGAUUAUCCUUCUAUCUUUAUCCCGCUGAAAGAGUUUAAGAUUAGUGCGAAACAGGAUCCGAAGGAUUUGGAGUAUCAGCCUAGAGAUGAUCCUUUUGAUGGGCCGAAUCGGAAGCUUUAUGACCCAGAAAUUUGGAAGUCGCAACCGAUGACUUUACAGAUUGUGGGACGACCUUGUAGGGAUGAGGGGUUGACUUCUGUUUGUGAGGUUUUGGAUCGGGUUGUUAAUGCUGAUCAACAGAGUCGAUCGGAGAAGCGGCUUGGGGAUUUGGUGGAGAGAGAGGGUGCGAGACUUCGAGAGCGAUUGACACGAUCUUUAUGUCUUAGUGGUAGAGUGGUUGGUGACUUGAGGCUAAAGCACAUUUACUAUGCAUUUGAAUCACAUGCGAACUUGCGAAGGGCUACUAUGGAGAGAUGCGGGAGAGAUGGCUACAAAGGCUAG